UUGAUUCAUACACGUUCAAAGCAUCACACGUACUAUUUUCGUCAAUUCGUGCAACAGCGUUCAUUUUUUCCACAAAAUUCUUUUGAAAAAAUAGUGUAAUUUAUGUUUUCAAAAAUGCCGAGACAGUUUAAACGCAACAACAUUUGGAGUAAAAAACAUCAAGGCAAUAAAUACGAUGAGCAUGAUGACCGUGAUCGAAUUCCAACGGACAUCACAGUCCGAAAACCAAACAACAACAAUAAGGGUGGAAACCGUCGUGUGAGUUUCAAAACAGGGAUCGUUGCUCAGGGCAGAUUGAAUUUUAAAGGUCGCAAUGUUGAACAAGGGUUGCGUUCACAACUGAUUGAGGAAGAUGACGAGAGAAUGGUUGAUUUUGAUCCAAGCAAAGCGAGUACAUUUCGUCGACGCAAUUCUCCAAUUCCUGGAUCGGCAAGAAAUAAAACGAAACUAUUCGAAACUGGUGCCGGAUGGUUUCAAGUAACUAUUCCGCAUGGCAACAAAUACGACAAAGAUUUUAUAUUGAAAUCGUUGCUCAAAGCCCUUUCACCAGAGAUUUUUAUACCACAUUAUUGGAGUGUUGAAUCCAAUUCCGUAAUAUUUUACAUAGAUGACUACAAAACGGCAAAAAUUUUAGCGAAUGUUGAUCGAACCAUUGAAAUGCCAAAUGGUUUCAAACUGAUAAUCAAAGUACGUAACGGCAGUCCACAGGUUAAAAUUGAUCCAACCGUUCGCGAGCGCAUGAAAUUGGCAAUGGCAAAACGUUAUAAUGCCGUAACAAAAGCACUUGAUCUAACACAAUUCCAUUUGGAUGCCGAUUUACGUGAUAUUUACUGUGGUUUAUCACGGGCACCAAUUUUCUCCGCCGCUUCUGAUAUUAUCACCGAAAAUAUUGCUGAAUUGGAGGCGCUAAAUUUGGACGGCAACAAGAUUAACACAUUGGAAAUGUUAAAAAAAUUACUAAGUAAAUUGCCGAAUUUGAAGAUUUUAUACCUGUCCAACAAUAAAAUUCAAUCAGCGAUGACCUUGGAACCAUUGAAAAAUUCGGAAAUCAUCGAUUUAGUACUCAAAGGAAAUCCAUUAUGCGAUCGUUUUCGUGACAACAGUAUCUACGUCAGAGAAGUACGAAAACGAUUGCCGAAAUUACAAAAAUUGGAUGGCGUUGAAUUACCCGCUCAAAUCGGUUUCGAUGUUGAAACCGAAGAAACGACGCAAUUGCCAUCGGCCAAAGCAUCAUUUUUGGUCGAUCAAUCUGGCGCUGAUAUUGUGCGUCAGUUUCUUCAACAAUACUUUGUUAUAUUCGAUUCAGACAAUCGACAACCGUUGUUGGAUGCCUAUCAUGAAAAUGCAAUGUUUUCAUUAACCUGCACUUAUCACCCAAAUCCAGAUUUUCGGAUCACGAAGUUUUUGCCGUACAAUCGAAAUUUGAAGUAUGUAAGAGAUCCAGAGAAACGAAAAAAUUUGCUCAAAAUUGGACGUUUACCCGUGGUUUCAUAUUUAUCGGAACUUCCGAAAACCGAACACGAUUCGCAAUCAUUUGCUGUUGAUUUAUCGCUAUUCACGCCAACCCUCAUCACACUUACAGUUACUGGUAUAUUUCGUGAAAAGCAAUCUAGCUCAGUAUCGGUUCGGCAUGAUCUGCGUUCGUUUCAUCGUACGAUGAUAAUAGUUCCGAUAAACGGAGGGUUUUGCAUAAAGAAUGACAUAUUGCACAUAACGAAUCUGACAAUGGCCCAAGUAAAAACAGCAUUCAAACCGAUAGCUCCGGUGCCUGUAACAACUGGGCCCAGUCAACCACCAGUCGUUCCAACGCCUACAAGUGCACUCAACACAAGUCUACCGCCAGAUGAAAAUACCAAACUUCAAAUGAUUGAAGCAAUGGCACAACACAGCCAAAUGAAUUUGGAAUGGAGCCGGAAAUGUUUAGAGGAAACAAAUUGGGACUUUCAACGAGCUGGUCAUGCGUUUACCGAGCUUCACAAGCAAAACAAAAUUCCACCGGAAGCGUUUAUUAAAUAAUUCAAUUUUUGAAUUAUCGUCCAAAAUCCACGAAAGUACGUGAAGGAAAUGAUGUACUAUUGAGUUAAAAUUUAAUUCGAAUUCCGAAAUUUUAAAUAAAAUGUACAGUGGAUUUUACACAUCCACUUUCCAAAUGAA